AUGACUUGCGUCGACUGCACUGUCGACAGCCAGGUGCUGGAACAGCUGUCCAGUGCUGAGCUAGGAGAACUGCGCAACAUCAACAGACAUCUCAUGCAAUGCGACGUCGGUGGAAUUCCCUCCGUAUCGCGGAUCGUUGUCGUUGGGGAGCGGUCAUCGGGCAAGUCUGCCGUCCUGGAAGCAAUAUCUCACAUCCGCUUCCCUGUCGAUAAUGGAAGCUAUAGCAAGCUUGUUGUGGAAGUAAUUCUUCGGCCAGCCACGGAAACAAGCAUGCAGGUUACCCUGCAAUACUUUGACUCGAAACAGACCAGACGGGUUAUCACAAAGGAUACUUUCAACCAGAACGACCUGUCAAACAUCAUACAGACUGCCAUCGAGUCCGUCGACAGUUCGACGGUGGACACGGCCUUCCUGUACGGUGGUAUGUGCAGGGUUGAGCUUAAAGGACCCAACUUGCAUCCGUUGGCGCUGGUUGACCUGCCUGACUACUUUCAAGCAGACACCGAAUCCGGUUCUUCAAUUCAGAAGAGGUUCGUCAAUUCAAUUGGCCCAGAUUACCUAGGCAGCAGAAAUUCUGUUGUCCUUGCCGUCAUACCUGCGGAACAGAAGCUGGCAUCCAACCAAGCCAAUCUGUCGAGGGUUGAGACAAUUGAUUCCUUUGGGGAGAGAACGCUCAUAGUCAUCACCAAACCAGAUCUGCUGAACGCUGGUUCCAUGGCGGAGGCUGAAUACGUGAGGCUCGUGAAAGAUCAGAACAAGGCUCAGAAGUCACACCUGGGAUGGCACGCCCUCUGCAACACGACCUCGAUUGGGGGUUCUAGCCUUGAAGCCCGUGAUACUGCUGAGGAGGACUUUUUCAGCUCUGGGGCAUGGGCCUCUGUUCCGAAGAGCAAAGUCGGCAUCUGCAGCCUUAGAAAGAGGAUCUGCCAAGCAAUGUACAGCCGUUUACAAUAUCGCCUCCCUGGAGUCAUUGCUGCGGCGGAGGAAAAGCUUCGCCAAAGGGAAUGUGAACUAUCUAAGCUGGGAGCCCCCCGCUCAGAAAUUGAACAAGUGCGGCAGUUUCUCACCAAGAUUGCGAUAGAUUUUCAAUUUCUUGCUAGGGACGCCACCCAAGGACGAUAUGACGAUGGAUUUUUUGGAGGUCGGCAGGAUGACCAGCACAAGCUUAGAGCUCAGCUGAAAACUUUCCACCGAGCGUUCCAGUACACUCUCAAGACCAGGGGCUCAUCAAGAAUCAUCAAUUCCAAAAUAUUCCAGCUAGAGGAACAACCUCCCGAGUACCUCAAAGAGUUCUUUGACAAAUAUCCCUGCAAUUUUCCCUGUCCAAUAACCAUCAACGAGUCAAUCUUGGAAGCAGAACUCAAUCGCCAAGCUGAUAAAUAUCAAAGCAGCGAAGAUAUAGCCACUGAGAUAUUCAGGGAGCAAGCCAAACCCUGGAGAGGGAUCUCUCAGUCUCAUAUCGAGCGUGUCACCUCAUUGGUGAAAGCAUUCGUCGAUGCUGUGUUUGUACAUCUUUUAGGAUCCCUUGAUGAUGUCGAGAUGACAAAAACCAUUUUGACGACCAUUGUAGAUCCUUGGUUUGAGAAGAAAGAACGGACUCUUCAAGAAAAGCUGGUUGAGCUUCUCCAACCAUAUGAUGAAGGGCAUGCGGCUCUCUUAGAUAUCGAAUUCGAUACUGCCUUCUCAAACAUAUCCGCAAAGAGGGUAGCCAACAGGAUGUUUAUCCCCGCCAAUCUCAGCCUCCAGGGCAUCACAGGCAGCUCAUUGAGAGAAGAUGAGUCAAGGCGUAUACAAAAGGUCAUCGACUUGAUGUCCGCAUGCUAUGAGACUGCACGUAAGACAUUCGCAGCGACUGUUAUCACUCUAGCCAUAGAAAAUUGUCUCGUGAACGAUAUUACCGGGAUCUUUACUCCUAUGAUGGUGGCUAAAAUGACCGACGAGCAGCUCAACGAGCUCGCUAAAGAGCGUGAAGAUGUUCGAGAUGAGCGUGAAAGCCUUAAUCUCGAUAUCGACACAUUACGGCAUGCUCUCAACAUUUGCAAGAAACAUAAACCUAGGGCUGUGAGCGUCCUUCCCACUCGUACAACUCUACUACAGUCGAACCUUAUCACUGGUCCAAAGAAUCACAGUGGAUCUCCAGGAGUGCCUCGUCAGUCAACCCCCCAGAAGCCUCAAGCUGAGGUGAAAAGGGAGCUGAAGCCUGCCGAGGAAAACCUAUCCUGUGUGAUGAAACUAAAGGGUAAACCUGGUUCCGCGCAGGAAGGAAAGGUUAUCCCGGUGACCCUACCUCCUAAUGCGGCAUACAAUCGGCCAGACUCGUCCGCCAGCUCGAGUCUAGUGAACAUAGAGAUAUCCUCCACGAGUUCUGUAGAUCGCGAUGAAUGCGCCUCAACUGCUUCUGUUCAGACGACAAAUGAUGACACCAACUCAUCUCUCGAUUCUUUUGUCGAGGAAGAGCCACCCAGUGGUUCCACUGACGGGGCAGCAACAAAGGACCAAACGGCCUCAAAUCUAACCUUGACAACCGGAAAUAUAGUGAGCGAUACCUCCAGCGGGUCAAACGAUACUGCAGCAAGUAAGGAGACUACACCUUCAACCCCGUCAUUUGUGACCAUCUCUCACGAAGACGAGUCGGGUGAGAAAUCAGACAAAAGACUCAAAACAGCCGCCAAUACUGAUUCCAGCCCAUCAACCCCCAUCACAGGCUCAAAGGUUGCGGUCUCAUCUCCUGUUUCUACUGGCAUCCAUGCCACUACAACCUCUUUUUCUCUCGCCGUACCAACAGCUGCUACGGGCUACAAAGCCGGUUCUCCCCUCUCCACACCCACAAAGGUUGGACAUAUCGGACAAGCAGGCAGUCCCGGGGUGAUGAAGCAGGAGACGAAGCCAUCGUCCGCCCCUGCCACCACAAAGAUAGAAAGUCACUUAUUUGGCCCGUCGGCUAAUAGCAUUCCAAAGAUAACUAGUCCUCUCUUCAGCGCAUCACCAUCCACAACCACGAGCCAUGAAGACAGAAGCGCAAUUCUAAGUACAACUGAUGCCAAGACAACUGCUCGUGGCGGUUUAUUUGGAACAAAUGCAGGCCAAACAAUUCCAAAGAAAGAGCCAACAUCGAUUUUCGGCGCUGCAGGCCAUUUGGAUAAUCCAUUUAGCCUAUCCAACUACACAACAUCAAGUGGCUCAUCUGGUGGCUUCGCUCAGGUGUCUAGCAACUCGUCACGGCUACCACCCAGGCCGAUACUAAACAAGAGCCGUUUAUCCCUAAAGAGCAAGUCUAGCUAG